AUGGACCCCGCCGAACGCGCCCGGCUGGUCAGGGAGGCCAUACAGGAAUACGAGGUGCGUGAGAUGCAGGAGAAGGCGCUGCAAAUAGCAGCCGACAUGGUCGCACCGCCGGGCAGACGCCGCUGCCUGCCGCCGCCGCGGUGCUCGUCGGAGCGAAGCGGGCGCUACUGUAUGGUGGUGGCACCGGCGGUGCGCGAGAGGUCGCCGAGCGCGGCGCCGCCAGCGGCCCCCGCCGGGCAGCCUUCCAAGCCCCGGCUGCUGAUGCAACUGCGCUCUCCUUCGCCGAGCGACUCAGCGAGCAGGGAGGGGCCACCGGCGUCGUCUGAGGAGCACGUGAUGCCGCUGACGACUGUCUCGGUGAAGCUGGAGUCGCCAGAGCCGGCUGCGUGCCAGCAGGUGCCACUGACGAUGAGUUGGGUGACGACGGGGCGGAUCGAACCUGCUCAGCAUCAGAGGACGCCGCCGCCGCGUGUUUUGGGUAGACAGAAGCUGGCCGAGCCGGCACGUCGUCAGCAGACGCCGCCCGCGACCGUCUCCGUGAAGGUAGAGCCCGAUGAGAAAGACUCUGCCGACGAGGGCAUUGUCACCAUGUGGCCUUUCGUUCAGGUGGUGGACGAUCGGACUCCGACAAGCACCGGGAAAGAGGCGGAGGACGCGGCGUCGCCGCCUCCCCCGUGCACAGUGCCGGUGAAAAUAAGUCCGCCGGUGUCGCAGCCUCGCAAGAAGGUGGUGUACAUGAGGCUGCAGCCGGCGCCAGCCACGCAGGACGCGACGGGUCCGACACGCGUGAAUGGUCGCUGCCGCUGCCGGAGCUGA